CGCUAUUAUGAGAUGGGCUGGGAAUUCCUCGUUCACUCGGCUAUAUAUUGGCUUGCGCAUCUCUCUGCAGCCAGUUUACGAUAACGAUGGCGGAGUUAGAUUUUCCAGCGAUCCAGUCAAGAGAUAUCGAGAGGGUUCGGAGGAAUGAACUUGAUCAGCUCAUUCACAGUCAGGGAGAGGUGGCCAACUGUUUGGAGCUCGCCUACAUGAAGCUCGGGGAUCAUCCGGACCUUGCAAAAAGGGUUCGCCAAGCAUCAGUCAACGCUAGAAGCCGACACCAGGACACCUCAUUCAUGAUGAAAAGCUACGCCGUUACGUCCAAAAACAUUAUAAAGACUAUAGUUCCACUGUUGAAAAUGGCAGCGAAAUUCAAGAACGAGCCUUUAAUGAAAAAAGCUUUCAAACAAAUUGAAGAAAACGCUGUUGCCAUGAAGGAGGAGACGAAGAAACUCCAAACAGGAUACAAGGCAAUCCAGCAACAAGUUUCGGAUGACUACAGUGAGGCUUUUACAAUUAAGAAACAGGUCGAAGACACGCAUAGCAAGCUAGAGGUAGAAAUGCACAGCGCUAGGAAACAAGCUGAUCUUGCGGAGGCGGCGGCGAAAGAUUCUGCAGUGAUUGUAGAAACCUGCAAAAUGGAUGUUGACAAAUCAUCCGAGAAACGGGACGAAGCAUACAGGUUAAAAUCAAAAAUAGGUGAGAAAAUGGUGGUUGACAUCGAAAAGGAGGAGUGGACUCCAGCUGCAGCCGUUUUGACAGGAGCUGCUCUCGGCACACCGGUAUCUCUUGUCGCGGGAGCUGCCUACGCUGCCGGGAAAUUGAUAUACAAUUUCAUGUCCAACAAAAAGAAUAAAGAAUCAAAGGAUGACCUUGCAAAGUUCAAAGCAUUUGAGAAGUCGUAUAUAAACGCGUCAGAUGAGGUGGACAGAGAAAGAGAACGGCUUGAGAAACACAGAAUGGAAACAAUCGACCGGAAGAAGGAGGCAAUUGAUAACGUUCGAAAAAUGAGGGAGAUGUGUUCCCAGCAUGUGUCCGCAGGUGAUCCACAGUGUCUCGUGGUUGUACAGGAAAAUCUUGGAAAGGUGGAUGCAAUCCUGACAAGAAUUAUCGAAUUUUGGUCAUCCAUGGCUGCCGUUGCACAAGAUAUUAUUGAGAAUGGCAAAACUCUUCCACGAAUUCUUAUCGGUCUUGAUGAAAGCUUUAUAGAAGAAGCACCAGAAGAGAUGAAAGCAGAAUUGAACGGAAUGGUUCAAAACUGCAUUCUUGAUGUUGAAAAGGGCUGGAACCUUGUUGGAGGCAUAUGCUAUGUCUACAUACGCGACAAUGAUAUCCGUUUGCUGCGAGACUACGAGUUCUUGUCCAGACCUAUUGACCAGAUGGCGCAAGCUGAUAGGAGAACAAGAGAGUCGAAACUUCUGAUGUUGAUGGAGCAAGAGGUUGAGAAAGCCUAUGCCACUGAAGCGGCACGCGAGGAAGCGGAAGAGGAAGAUAUGUGCAUCUAGAUGAAUCUAGGUUUCACCAACAUUUAAGUCUUAAAGCUUAAUUAACAUUGGUGCCCUUUCCACGUAAUAAAUGAAUCCAAAUUGAAGCAAAAAUAAAUUUUCAAAUUUUACCUCUUCGUUAAUUAUAUUAAAUCUUUGUAAUCGUUAUUGUCUUUCCUUAUGUAUCUCGACCCAAGUUUUGUUUAUUGUAUAACACAUACAAACAUGUUUAAGCAAAUACAAUGUAUGCAAAGGCAUGAAUUCAAGCUGUUUGAAAACGGUUUAACGAAGAGCAGAACAAUAUUAUUAUUAUUACUUUUAAGGAAAAUUAUUACUUCAUGUAAAUGUAGUUUCUUAUGAUGUCGCAAAGUAAUAUUUAUAUGAAAAACUACAGGAAAAAGCACACCAAAAGUUUAAACAUAGACAAACAUUGGCAGGUUAUUCAGAGAUGGUUUUGAGUAUUUAGAUAAUAUAUUGACAAAAGUUUGCUUGUUUCUGUAGCUUUUCGCAUAAAUAUUGUCAUUUUAUUAAGCCAUUGUUCAAUGAUAAUCUUGAUGCCUGGUGACCCCAUACAAUUCGUGUAUCAUUUGAAAGUGUAUAACGUGCUGCAUACCUAUAUGUAAAAAAAUGCAAAAACCAAAUUAAAUUUUAAGUCAUUUGAGUUAGAUGUUUUGUUUAAUAUUUCAACUGCACAUAAAGCCCUUUCGAAUAAUACCAACUAGGUUUGAGGCCUUUAGACAUUCACAAUUCAUGUAACUGAGUUUUUGAUUGUAAUUUUAAAUACUGUAUGAUAUAUAUUGACCAUAAACUCUGAAACUGAAUACUAAUUAAACAUAGGUAUUUGUUUUCAAACCUUCAUAUGGAAAUGCAUUAAUUGACAUUGUAGCGAUGUGUAUUGAUUUGUUACUUGUUGUACGUAUCUUCUCUAUAGAAAGGAUGGAACGUAUUGUGUUUGUCUAUAUAUAUAUCUUGUAUAUGCAGGUCAAUUCAAAAAUGUUAAUCAAUGGUGAAAUAGGAAACCCUACAGAUGAUAACCGUUAAAAAGACAGAAUAUAGUAUAUAUUAUGACAAUGUUACAUGUAAUAGUUAGAUGACAUGAAGUAAAAUCUUACUCAUCAACGUUUUACAUCGGGUCAUCUUACUAACUUACUGACAAUACAACGACAUUGGCCGACACAUUGUCAACGCUAAAUCUGACACUAAUAGUUUGCAUAUGUUGAGUGGCAGAAGGCGGACCUUUAAACACCCGGAAAAGGUGCAAUUGUUAAUGAUUAAGCCUAGUACUUAGUGAUUUUAUUGCCUGAAAAUGUAGCUUGUAUUCUUAUCAGUUGUUGCAUACCGUGUUUGUGACUUCCAGACAUAAAUGUAUAUAUAGACACCCAUACGAUUUACAGGAAAAAUCUGACUAGUGUAGGAUUCGGAUAUAGAUUAAAAACAUGAAUGUGUAUAUAUAUAUACAUACAUACGUUUAACUAUCAUAAUCAACUUCAUAAGUGGUUAUAUGCGUGAUGUUAUGUGUGGAAAUAAUAUUGUGUUAUGUUAUGUUCAACAAAUUAUAAACAGAAACUACUCACCAGUGGAAGAAACCAUUUGAACGCCAGUUUAGUGUCAUUAAUACACCUUUUUGUUUGUUUUGUGGAAAAAGGUAUAGAAUUUUCCCCUAUUAUCUGCUUAUGAAAUAGAAAUGCUCUGCUUGAAUUGGA